AUGUACGCCGUCGAGGAUAGACAUCAUCCCGUCCCACCUCCACUCUCAAUGGAUCGCAUCUCUGCUCCGUCCGUCCAGUACCCGCCGGGGACCAACUCGCUACGCCAAUCCGACCAUUUGGCACCUGUGACAAACUACCAAGACGGUCGCUCCUGGUCAUUACAAGUAGUGCAGCAGCCCAUCAGGGCUCGCAUGUGUGGAUUUGGUGACAAGGACCGGAGACCCAUCACUCCCCCACCGUGCAUUCGUCUCAUUGUGCGCGACGAGCAAACCGAUAAGGAAAUCGAUAUCAAGUAUGCCCAGCCAGUUGCUCUACGUCUCUAUAACCCUCAGCUUUCUAACCAUCUCUCCCUCUUUAGUGAGAUCGAUACAUCGUUCUAUGUGCUCACCGUCGACCUGUGGAAUGCCGACGGUACCAGCGAAGUCAACCUCGUCAAGCAUUCCGCCACCUCCCCUUCCAUCUCUACCGCCAUGUCCUCCUCAUACCCUCCCCCGCCUCAGAGCGUCUCUCCGACCUACCCGGGCUACAACCAGAACCAGUACCCCGUGGGCUACCCUCCGCAGAUGAACAACUACUACGGUGGUCAGCAAGUGGCGUACCAAAAUCAAUACGGCCAGCCAGUGACGUACCCACAAUACUACUCCGGUGGUCAAAUGCCAGCGUCUAUGUCACCCGCCGCGCAACCUGUCACUGGUGGACCGGGUGGCAUGUUCACUCGCAAUCUCAUCGGAAGUCUCAGCGCCAGUGCUUUCCGGUUGACAGACCCAGACAACAAAAUCGGUGUGUGGUUUAUCCUGCAAGAUCUGAGCGUACGGACAGAAGGCACUUUCCGUCUGAAAAUGAGCUUCGUUGAUGUGGGCACGUCUGCCGAAACUUCCAACGGCGCCCCGGUCAUCAAUCACGGAACCGCACCUGUUCUAGCCUCGGUUUUCUCUGAACCUUUCCAGGUCUUCUCCGCCAAAAAGUUCCCCGGCGUUAUUGAGAGCACCCAGCUCAGCAAAUGCUUUGCAUUACAGGGUAUCAAGAUCCCCAUUCGCAAGGACGGGGUAAAGGGUCCCCGCCGAGGUGGAGAUGGAGACGACGAUGAUGAAGGCGACUAUUAA